ACCUAACCCCUUGUCAUCUCCUAAGAAAACCCCGUUGCACGCUCUGAAAGCCCUCUUCUCAUGAUCCGCCAUUAGCAAGAGGGCUUGUGGUGGAUUGAUCGCCAAUAUGCAGAUUUUCGUCAAAACCCUUACGGGGAAGACUAUAACCCUCGAGGUUGAGCCUUCGGAUACUAUUGAAAAUGUCAAGGCAAAGAUCCAAGACAAAGAAGGUAUCCCUCCUGACCAGCAGAGGUUGAUCUUCGCUGGAAAACAGCUUGAGGAUGGUCGCACUCUCUCUGACUACAACAUUCAGAAGGAGUCCACCCUUCAUUUGGUGCUGAGGUUGCGUGGUGGUGCUAAGAAGAGGAAGAAGAAGUCUUACACCACCCCCAAAAAGAACAAGCACAAGAGAAAGAAGGUCAAGCUCGCUGUGCUGAAGUACUACAAGGUUGACGAAAAUGGCAAGAUCCACCGUCUCCGUCGUGAGUGCCCAGCAGAUGAGUGCGGUGCUGGUGUCUUCAUGGCCAGCCACUUCGACAGACACUACUGUGGAAAGUGCUGUCUCACUUACUGCUUCAACAAACCCGAGGAUAAGUGAUGUGAUGGACUAGGCAAAUAAAGCGUUCACAACCCAC